AUGACUUUCCCUCCACUUCGACUCUGCCUCUUCGCAAUUCUCGUUUUGCCCAUCGUCGCCGCUCAACGACCCAGCGCCUGCAAUCGCUCGUGCGGUGGUGUCCCGCCUGUCCCGUACCCGUUCGGAUUCUCUGACGGCUGCCAAAUCCGUUUGACUUGCACCCACGGGGAAAUCCAUGUCGGCGAUUUCCGUGUCCGAAACGUUACGCCGGAAGCUCUCCUGCUCGAUCUGCCAGCGAAAUGCGGCCGUCCGAUCACAACCGUCAGAGAUCUCUUCGGUCAGAACUACGCGCCGACGUGGCGGAACGGGCUGCUGCUGCAAAACUGCAGCUCGGUUGUCUCGGGUUGCGCAAUACCUAUAGCUCUGCUGGAUCGUAGGUUAGAUUAUCUAAACUGCAGUUCCAGGAACGAAAGCGUCAGCUGCUAUUCGAAGGACGCCAGAGAUUUCAUGGAAUUCGAUAUUUCGGAAAGCGGAUGUCAGUACCUGUUCUCGUCCGUCGCGGUGGACAUUCGCAACGAUACGGCGGUGUCGCUAGAUUUCCAAACGGUGGAGUUGGGGUGGUGGAUGGAUGGGGAAUGUGGUGGGUCGAACGAAUGCUCGAAGAACGCCAGCUGUCAGAAUCUUACUACGCCGACGGACAAAGGGAAAGGAUUCCGGUGCCGGUGCGACGAGGGCUUUGAAGGGGAUGGGUUUGUGGGCGGCGACGGUUGUCAUAGAGUCUCUGUCAGAUGCAGUCCGUCAAGGUACAUGUCCGGGCACUGUGGGAAGAAUCGGGUUGGAGUUCUCGUUGGAGUUGGAACCUUUCUCUUCUCAGGCAUUCUAACAGGGGGUACUAUAAUGGCUGGCCUGGCUGUGCUAUGCUGCUACAUCAGACGACGUUCCUUGUCCAUGAGAAGCCAGAAUAGCACAAGACGUCUACUGUCUGAAGCUGCAGGAUCCUGCACUGUCCCUUUCUACCCCUACAGAGAGAUCGAGAGGGCCACGAAUGGCUUUUCUGAGAAACAAAGGCUAGGAACUGGGGCCUAUGGGACGGUAUAUGCAGGAAAACUUCACAACGAUGAAUUGGUUGCUGUCAAAAAGAUCAGGCAUCGAGACACCGAUGGGAUUAAUCAAGUCAUGAAUGAGAUCAAACUCCUUUCAACAGUCAGCCACCCAAACCUCGUCCGCCUUCUUGGUUGUUGUAUAGAGAGAGGUGAACAGAUCCUGGUGUAUGAGUUCAUGCCCAAUGGAACUCUAUCUGAGCACCUGCAGAGAGAGCGGGGCCCUGGCCUACCUUGGACAGUCCGCCUUACCAUUGCAACAGAAACUGCUAAGGCCAUUGCCCAUAUGCACACAGCCAUGAACCCUCCGAUAUAUCAUCGGGACAUCAAGUCAAGCAACAUCCUCUUGGACUUCAAUUUCAACUCGAAGGUAGCAGAUUUCGGUCUUUCAAGGCUUGGCAUGACCGAAUCAUCGCAUAUUUCGACAGCCCCACAAGGGACUCCGGGGUAUCUGGACCCUCAAUACCAUCAGAACUUCCAUCUCUCCGACAAGAGCGACGUUUACAGCUUUGGAGUGGUGCUGGUUGAGAUCAUAACUGCAUUAAAGGUGGUAGACUUUUCUCGGGUGCACACCGAAGUGAAUUUGGCUGCACUUGCCAUUGAUAAAAUUGGCAAAGGGUGUAUAGAUGAAAUCAUAGACCCCUUUCUAGAGCCACACCGAGAUGCAUGGACCCUCUCGUCCAUCCACAAAGUGGCUGAGGUGGCUUUCCGAUGCCUUGCAUUCCACAGGGACAUGAGGCCUUCUAUGAUGGAAGUGGCAGCUGAGCUGGACUACAUCAGGCUCAGUGGGUGGGCCCAAGGGGAGGAGAAUGUUUGUGAUGCUUCAUCGGUUUCGUCAUUCUCAUCGCCAUCACACAACAGUAUUAAUUCACGGACGAUGUCAAAGAAGACAGCAUCCAUGGGGAGUAAGAGGUUGGUGGUCCCACAGAGGAGCGAAUGCGUCCUGUCGAUGGAGCUGGCAACAGGGUGCUCCCCUGUUUCCGUGCAAGAUCCAUGGUUUAGUGAACAGAGCUCUCCUUCAUCAAACAGCCUGUUGGGUAAUGUGGUUCAGUGAUUAUCUAAAACACUAACCUGCUGUUAUUUGGACUGGUUUUCUUCUAUGUUGUAAUUCUCUUGUGAAUAUAGGGAAUUUCCCUGGUUUUGGGUCCCUCACAUCUUCUGAAAUAUACAUUCCAUCGUAUAACGACUGUA